GCAGACGAGAACCUACCCGAAAUCCCUCCGCCGCCGCCGCCGCCGCCGCCACCGCUGCCGGCCGCCAUGCUCCGCCUCCGGAGCCGCAUCGUCUCCCAUAUCCUCUCCUCUCCGUCCGCCUUCCGCGUCUCCCCGCCCCACCGCCUCCUCUCCGCCGCCGCGGCCCCCAUUUCCCCGACCCAGCGCUUCGCCGUCGAGGAGUACCUCGUCGACACCUGCGGCCUCACCCGAGCCCAGGCGGUCAAGGCCUCCACGAAGCUCUCCCACCUCAAGUCCCCCGCCAACCCGGACGCCGUGCUCGCCUUCCUCGCCGGCCUCGGCCUCCCCCGCUCCGCCGUCGCCGCCGCCGUCGCCAAGGACCCGCGGCUGCUCUGCGCGGGCGUGGACAGGACCCUGGCCUCCAACGUCGUCGGGCUCACGACCCUCGGCCUCUCCAGCUCCGACGUCGCGCUCUUCGUCAGCAUCGCCGGCGAGCCCUUCCGGUUCAAGUCCAUCGUCCCCAAGCUGCAGUACUACCUGCCCCUCUUCGGCUCCUCCGGCAACUUCUUCCGGGCCCUCAAGAAGAGCUCCCACCUGCUCACCGCCAACCGCGACAGGGUCGUCGAGCCCAACGCCGCCUUCCUGCGCGAGUGCGGGCUAGGUGCUUGCGACAUUGCCAAGCUCUGUAUGGUUGUGCCAAGGAUCCUCACCGCAAAACCGGAGCUUCUCCGGAGGAUGGUGGCACGCGCCGAAGCUCUAGGCGUGCCCCGCGGCUCUGGCAUGUUUAGGCACGCGCUGCAGGCCGUCUCGUUCAAAAGCGAGGACAAGAUCGCCGCCAAAGCAAGCUUCUUGAAGAAGAUAUUCAGGUGGUCUGACGCCGAAGUGAGCCAUGCUGUGUGCAAGGCUCCGAUUGCGCUGAGGAAGUCAAACAGCUCGCUGCAGGAAAGGUCCGAGUUCUUCCUCUCCGAGGUGGGGCUGGAACCGGCCUACAUUGCUCAUCGCCCGGCAUUGCUCUCUUAUAGCAUGGAGGGCCGACUCAGACCCAGGUACUAUGUUAUCAAGUUCCUUAAGGCAAAGGGAUUGCUAGAUCAGUACCGGGACUACUAUAAUAUAGUCAUGCUGAGCGACAAAGUAUUUAUGGAGAGGUUCAUAUGCCCUCACAAGAAGGCUGCACCGUGCCUUGCUAAAGACUAUGCAACUGCGUGCAAAGGGGAAGUGCCAACUAAUUUCAGAUUUACAUGAACCAAGAAGAGGCUAUGGAAAUUGGUAACAUGUGUAUCGAGCAACAAAGCUUUCACUCUGCAUUGUAUGCUGGUAACUCUUGUCUCAGUAUUCAUUGCCUAGGUUGAUGUUGGCUACCCAUAUUUUAUAGUAUAUCCAUGACAUGCCAGUUUCGUCAUUGCAAAUUCUUGAUGUAACUGAUAAUUUGAUUCCUGAACCCUGAUAUGAUGUUCUUGUUAUUCCUUAGAGUUGAUUUUAAAAAAAUGAGAAGUCUCAUAUGUUUGUGUUUCUAACUAACGUUGGGGAUCAUGGAAAUUGCAUGUGUGCGUA